CACGGCUCGCGGCAUGUCGUCCAUUCGCUUUCCGAUCGCUUUGUUCGCUCUCCUGGCUUGCAGCGUUUUCGCUCAAGAGGAUGAUCUUUUCGAGAGCGCCAAGCUUGAAGCCGAAGAAUUCAUGAACGACGUGCUAGAGAAGUACCUUCCGACGUCCCUGGCCCAAGAUGAGUAUCCCAUGAAGAACUUCUCCUGCUACAUCCCCAGGGACCUUCUCCUCGGCUUCUUCCCGACUCACCGAGACAUUCGAGCCACAUUUAGUUCCGGAACUUACGGGGGAGUCGAUGCCUUGAAGACAUUGAAUUGCAGGCCGUCAGCGGAAGAGCCUAUGAAUGGCGUCUCCCUGACUUGCACGAUGGUGCUUGAGCAACUCCGUGUUAAAUACCAGGCAGAUGUUACUGGAUUCGAUUUGAAGGGCACACAUUCCAGUAAACUGGUUACUGCCAAGGUGAAGCACCUCUAUACCGUCACCAUGACGCAAUCGCUUCCUGAGCGGCCGAAAAUCGCCGAGAUCCUACCCUUGAUCACCCGAACUUUCGACCUCGAAGUGGGGACCUUCGGCUUCAACUCUGCUCGUCGAGCUCGUCUGCUUCAAUGCGUGGACUCGGGAAUCCGACGGGAGUUGAAGAAAGCACUAGAAGCGGACCUCCUCCGCCUUCUGGGCGACGCCCUGAGCCGGAGCGAUCGCGACCUUCCGGAACCGCAUUUGGAAUCGGAUCAAUCAUAGACUGUUGAGUGAUGAAGGGUCCAGUUGGUCACUCCGACGGCGGUCUCGAAGCCUCAAGAGUAUUUGUAUCAUAAAUUCUGGAGCAAACCCAGAGAGCCUCUUUGGCGUGAAUAAAAUAACAUUUCCAAGAGA